AUGGUGUCAGUGAAAUGCUUGAAGACGAAAUACGAAGUGAAGGAUGCCGUUACAGAUUAUAUUACGAGAAUAGAGCGUCAAACCGGGAAGAAGAUAAAACGGUUUCGUACUGAUAAUGGGUUAGAAUAUUGCAAUAAUGACUUAACUGCGUACUUUAAUCAACUAGAGAUCAAGCACGAGAGAUCCAACGUUGAGACACCGCAAAUGAACGGCGUAACCAAAAGGUUAAAUAGAACCUUGUUGAACUUGACGAGAGCCAUGCUGAAGUCCUCAGGAUUACCACAAAAAUUUUGGGCGGAAGCAGUUGUAAUGGCCGGAUACAUUCAGAAUAGAACUGGCCACUCAGCAACUGGAGGUAUAGUACCGCUAACGUUCUGGUCGGAUCGUAAACCGAGCGUGCGUCACCUGAAAAUCUUCGGAUGUUUAGCAUAUGCUCAUCUACCUAGUCAAGGACGGAGAAAACUCGAUGACAGAGCCGUCGAAUGCAUAUUCGUCGGAUAUGCUACUCAGAUGCGCGGUUAUAGACUGUGGUGUCCACGAAAGCAAGACGUCAUCACUACAAAGCACGUAAAAUUUGCUGAAGAUAAGAUGGAUUACGGAUGGAUUUACAGAAAGGACGUCGAAAGCUACAGAUAUAACCAAGUAUGGUCUGACGACGACGAAGAAAUUGCAGGAGGGGACAUAGGAACCCUUGAAGAGGAUAUCCGAUUGGAACAGCCUGAUGGACAGGAUCACAUGAUGAGAGAAGACGAAACAGUUGGAGCACAUGACACUGCUCAAGCCAAGAAGGGAGGAAGGCCCAAAAAGGUCAUCAGAAAUCCAUAUGGAUGCAAGGGAAAACCGAGUGCGCAGGAGGAUGAGGUACGUUCUCUUCCGGAAGAAGACAACGAAAUAGAGGAUAGCGACAUUGAAGCAAAUCUGGUUGAAAUAGUUGAACCUCAAAGCUUGAAAGAAGCGUUGAAUUCUCCACAGGCCGCUGAAUGGAAAAAUGCAAUAAACGAAGAACUGGACAGCCUAACGAGUAGAAGAACUUGGGAAGUAACGAACUUACCCGAAGGUAGAAAAUGUAUUGGAUGCAGGUGGGUAUUCAAACUGAAGACUGAUACAGUAAUCACAAGAUAUAAAGCGAGACUAGUCGCGCAGGACUUUUCGCAGGAAAAGUGGCACACUAGACAUGUGGACAUCAAGUGUGCGUAUCUAUAUGGUGAGCUAAGAGAAGAGAUUUUUAUGAAACCACCACCACCGUUGUAUGAAGUCAAGGAAGGAACGGUAGUUAGGUUGUUGUGUCCUAUUUAUGGUUUGAAGCAAUCAGGAAGAAGCUGGAAUCAGGAACUGAAUGACUUUUUGACAGAUUUGAAAUCAGUUACAGAUACUGUAAGGCACAUCACCGAGAGAUAUGAAGCCAAAGAUUUAGGAGAGAUCAGUCAAGCGUUGGAAGUCAAAGUGGAACGCAACAGUGUGGGUGACAUGCGUCUUUCGCAGCGAUUAUGCACAGAAGCAAUAUUGAAGAAAUACAAUAUGAUUGACUGCAGAAGAGCAUCGACUCCAUUGGAUCCGGGUCUUAGGGUGUCCAAGAGGGAUGCACCUACCGUGAGGGAGGAGAGAGCAUUAAUGAAAAGUGUACUAUACAGAGAGCUCAUUGGAGCUCUAAUGUUCUUGGCUCUUUAUACGAGACCCGAUAUAUUGUUUGCGGUAACCAAAUUAUCGCAAUAUAAUUCGAAUCCAGGUAAGCAGCAUUGGCUGCAGGUGAAGCAUAUCUUGAGAUACCUGAGUGCAACCAAAGACUAUGGCAUAGUAUACAAGACAGGCGUUAGCCCGAAAAUCGGGAUGCAUUGUGACGCCGAUUGGAUUAACUGUGACAAUCGGGCAGCGAUUGACUUUGCCAAGAGUAGGAUUGAGAACAGUAGGACGAAGCAUAUUGAUAUUGCAUAUCAUAUCGUAAGAGAGCAGUUAGAAGAGGGAUUAAUCAACCUAACGUUCGUCCCUUCAAAUGAAAACUUAGCAGAUGGGAUGACCAAGGGACUGAAGAAAAUAGCCCACGACUGUUAUGUAAAGCACAUGCGCCUCACAAAAGAGGCUCUCGCGGCUGGUAGGAAGGUAGCGACAGCACCUUCAGGCUAUCCCAAAACCACCCUGACCGCGGUGCAGCGGGAUCUAGUCCUGAGAGCCUUUGAAGCGGAACUGGAUGCAAUAACGGCAGGUAAAGAGGUUCCACGUUUCGAGGGAAACAGACAGGAACAGGGGAUCAUAUGGGUCACCUGUUCAGAUAACAUGGCCAGGGAAUGGCUGAAGACUACAGUGGUCAGGGUGAGGCCCUGGGAAGGCGCAGCUCUUCAAUUAUUGAGGGAGUGCCUACCAAGGCUGCACAAAUUGAUCACUGUCAUCCCUGGCCCACCAGCGGAGACAGGGACGAUCUUGAGCCGCCCCAAGGGACAGAACCCGGGUUUCAACACCCAACAGUGGAGGGGGUGGGACCGGAAGGAAGAGGCGAGAUCAGUUCAACUAGUCGUCGAAGUAGAGGGUGAGUCCCUUCUGGCCCUUAAAAGCUGGAGCUUCGUGGCUCACGUUGGGCUGGACAGGGUGCUCUUUGGGGAGCCCCGUGCACGGCCCGACGGGGGUCGUCAUGAACCGGCGGGGAAAGAAGGCACCACCAAAGAGGGCAGUGCCAAACCCCCAGAGGCCAUUGGGAGUUGGGGAGACAGCGGGGCUCAGGACGCGGAGUCGGCAUCCGCGUCCGCGGGCACUGAGGUCGCCUCCGCUACCACAGAGGCUUCAGGGGAAGGGGAGCCUGCGGACACAGCAGGGAGGGAAUAG